AUGGUUGUAUUUUGCUCUCCCACUGUUGUCGAGGAAAUUCGACGAUUGGGAGAAGUAAAUCUGCACAUGGACGGCACUUUUAGUGUUGUCCCACACAUUGGGGAUGCCCACCAACUAUUCAUCAUUCACCUGAGGUACCGGAGGACGAUAUUCCCGAUAUUGUAUGUAUUAAUGGAGAGGCGCGAUAGGGCAGCAUACAAUAUCAUACUAAGGUACCUCAAGGAGGAGGUGUUUGAAAGAGAAAUAGUUGUUGGUAGCAUUAUGGCCGACUAUGAAAGGGCGCUGCGCUUGGCUAUUAUGGACACAUAUCCGGGGACGAGGAUUGUGGGCUGUUGGUUCCACUAUGCCAAGGCAGUGUACUUAAGAGGUCGGCAACUGGGGCUUGUUGGGCACCUCAAUGUACCGAACAAUAUUGGACAAGGGGUACGUAUGGCAAUGGUACUACCCCUUCUUCCUCAAGAUAAUUUUGCGGCUGGUAUUGAGGAAGUGGAGGCAUGGAUGAGGAAUGGCGUCCAAGGACAGGAACAAAUGAUUACCGCAUUUGUCACCUACCUAAGACGCCAGUGGACCAGGGCAAAUGUGUCGGUAUUUGGCGAAGAGAUGAGGACAAAUAAUUCUGUGGAAUCAUUCCACAAUUCCCUAGUUAGGAUGAUUGGGAGGAAACAUCCUAACAUUUGGGUAUUUGUUACUCAUCUUUUAAACAUGGAGAACGCCAAGGCAAGCGACUUGGUGCGAAUGACGCGGGGCCUCCAAGAGCCAAAUACCCCCCGGGCACGCUACACACGACUAAAUAGGAGGAUAGGUAUAUAA